GCUCCAGCACUAGCGCCUUGGGUGCUGCCAGUAGCAGUCCGAAUGGCGCCGAAAAGCCCCUGGUUCACCCAGUGACGCGCAGCGGCACCCCUGCCCUGACGCAGUAAAAGUACUUUAAAAUGGCCCGCUAUUUGUAUUGCCCAGCGCGACCUGACGCGCUUUAGCUCCACGUGACAGCGCAUCAAGACUUAUACAAAAGCCCAUCGCCUUCAUCCCAUUCUUUACUUUGGACCAGACCAUCACCACCGCAACCCACAAUACCUCAACCUCAAGAGCUUCACGCAUAUACAAAGCCUUUGUCUUGUUUCCGUAUUGCUCUGAUCAACCUAAUUCUACUUCUCUCCCUCAGACACUCACACUCACAAUACAAUGGCUGCGCAAAUCACUCCUUCGAAGCAGGCUGCUUCCGCCAUUGAGAACUUCAACAUGGAGUCUCCAGUCAAGAAGCUCGACUUCGGCGCCGCCAACAAGGAGAACGAGCCUUUGAACAAGUCCCUCGAUACCACCGACCUCAAGACAAAGAUUGUCGAAGAGCCCAAGAAGGAGGAGAUCAAGGCCGCUGUUGCUCCUGGCAUCAAGUCUGAGGAGGCCGAUGAGCCUCUCCUUCAGGAGAACCCCCAACGUUUCGUUCUCUUUCCCAUCAAGUACCAUGAGGUAUGUGACGCGUUUUGACGCGUAAAGUGGUCACCCCACACGCGACCCAUGCUAACAGACCAUGAUAGAUUUGGCAAAUGUACAAGAAGGCUGAGGCUUCCUUCUGGACUGCUGAGGAGAUUGAUCUUUCCAAGGAUCUCCACGACUGGAACAACCGCCUGACUGCCGAUGAGCAGUUCUUCGUCUCUCACAUCCUUGCUUUCUUCGCUGCCUCUGAUGGUAUUGUCAACGAGAACCUCGUCGAGCGAUUCAGUGGCGAGGUCCAGAUCCCCGAGGCUCGUUGCUUCUACGGCUUCCAGAUCAUGAUGGAGAACAUCCACUCCGAGACCUACUCCCUGCUCAUUGACACCUACAUCAAGGAGCCCGCCCAGCGAACCUACCUCUUUAACGCCAUUGAGACCAUUCCCUGCAUCCGAAAGAAGGCCGACUGGGCCAUCCGAUGGAUCCAGGAUAAGGACUCCUCCUUUGCCCAGCGUCUCGUUGCCUUCGCUGCUGUUGAGGGUAUCUUCUUCAGUGGUGCCUUCGCCUCUAUCUUCUGGCUCAAGAAGCGUGGUCUCAUGCCCGGUCUGACCUUCUCCAACGAGCUCAUCUCUCGUGAUGAGGGUCUUCACACUGACUUUGCCUGCCUCCUCCACUCCCACCUCAAGGGUCGUGCCAGCAAGCAGAUGAUCCAGGAUAUCAUUACUGACGCUGUCACCAUUGAGCAGGAGUUCCUCACUGAGGCUCUUCCCUGUGCCCUUCUCGGCAUGAACUCUGACCUCAUGAAGCAGUACAUUGAGUUCGUCGCUGAUCGUCUCCUUGUCGCGCUUGGCAACGAGAAGGUUUACAAGGCCACCAACCCCUUCGACUUCAUGGAGAACAUCUCCCUUGGUGGCAAGACCAACUUCUUCGAGAAGCGUGUUGCCGACUACCAGAAGGCCGGUGUCCUCCACAGUGCCACUAAGAAGACUGAGGAGGACGAGUCCCCCAAGGGUGAGAACGGCGGUGACUUCACCUUUGAUGAGGAUUUCUAAGCGUCUCGCCUUGUCGUUUCUCUUUCCUUCGGCCUGGGCAGUUGCUCAUUGGCACGCGCACAUGUGAACAUAUACCCUGUUUUACUUCUUGUUUGUACAUCUGAAUGGGGCCUCGGGACGACGAUGCUUGGUUAAUACUACGGGUUGGCAAGGUCGCAAUCAUACUUUGGAUCCGGAAGCUGAAUUUGCACGGAUCGACACGGCGUUAGGGGAUCUGGACUCAGGGUGGAUGAAAAUAGCAUUGACGGCUUAAUCGUAUUUAUGGAUGACGAUAUUACUUUACCACUCUCCUAGAUAGAGAUGAAUUGAUUAGAUUAGUAUACUCUUUGAUCGUUGCCUGUGACUUUGAGCAAGGUACUUUC